AUGACAACCCCACUCAUGCACCCAAGGGGAACCCUGCAGAACUGUUCCAGGGACAACCAGCCAGAAGGCCUCUACUCCCUCAAGGCCAUGGGGAGAAUGGCUGGUCAGAAGGACAGCACCAAGCACAGGGAUGAAGCGUUCCAUCCAUAUACAGCCAAGGACAACCUUCUGGCCACAACGCCGAGGUGGCCUUCCCUUUCUCAGCAGCUGAAUCCAUCUGGAACAGCUCCCCAUGUGGCCUUGUCUGAUUAUAUGAAGGAGCCAGACCCCUACGUGAAGGCCUGCAGCCUGCCCGUGUGGUCUGCAUGCAUGGACACCAGGAAUGGGGACAGCUCUGUGUCAUCCGGCAGACUGUCUGGCUCCUCAGGGGGGCAUGAAUCAUGCACACUUUUCAAUGGGCCCUGGAAGGAGAGACCACCCCUGGUAUUGGGGCCCCAACGCCAUCCCAGAAAGAGUAACCCUCGUCUGGAGCAGUUGAGGGACAAGAUCCGAGCCCAGGCACAGUGGCACGGUAGCUGUGCCUCCCUGGGCACCUCUACCCCGUCUAGUGUCUCGUAUCUCUGCAAGACUUCCUCAGCAAUGCUACGGCGGAAGACCCCCAGGGUGACAAGCGCUCUUCCUGUGCCUGCCUUCCCAGGACCAGGCAUCCUCCGUAUGGCUGAGCACAGAGGCAAAGACAGGGCAUCUCUCGGCUUGAGACGGGAACUCUCAAAGUUUCCCCAGCAUCAUCCAAGGACAAACAUCAAAAAGGUCAAAAAUAUUUCUUGCAAAAGAGAGAUCUCUAAGUCAUCUAUCCUUCGCAGAACUACCAAAGGCAGAGGCUCUGACAGGAAAGCAGCAGCUGUCGGGGCCUCUGCUGCCCACACCUGGUUGUGUAAACCCACAUCUGCCCACAAUGAGCAGCAGGUUUCCAAGCAUACACCCAGCCUGGCUUUCCAUGACCAGUCAACAACUAUCCAAGGUGCCAUGGAGACCCUGCAAGACCUGCUCCAGCAAAUCCAGGCUGGUCUGGAGCUUGCCAGGAGCCCCAGAGCGGCCAGGAAGCUCUCGCCAUCAAAACCAAAGCCACAGAACCUGGCAGGGAAGAGGCACCAGGGACCCCGAAGCACCCAGGACACCCAGGGCUCCUUCUCAAAGGCUGCUUGGACAGUGACAGAAGGGAAGCGCUCCUCCUCGGGCAGAGCUGGAAACUUGCACAGUCAACAACACUGGAAGAACACUUUGGCUGAGCAAGAGUCUUGUCUACAGAGGGCCUGGACAGCACAAGGCCAAGACACCUCUUUCCUGAGACCUGGGAGCACCCCAGGAAAACCAACCCCCUUCUCACAGCGGCCCUGGAGUGCCCUGGCUUGGCAGAGUUACCCACAGAGGGCCAGGAAAGCUCAGGGCCAGGACACCUCCGUCCGGAGGCCUGGGAGCCCCCUUCAAAAGCGAAGCCCCUUCUCACAGCGGCCCUGGAGUGCCCUGGCUGGCCAAGCUUACUCUACUUGUAAAGAUUGGGAGGUUUUUGAGCCCAGUGUGAGUAGGCCACAUUCCGCUCUCCAGGAUUCCUGGAGUAAUUCUUAUGUGCAGAGGUCCAGUCCCUACAGCAAGAGCAAAAGUGCUGUCCCUCCUUCCUCAAAAGUCAAGGCAGCUUGGCCAGAGCCUGCCCAAGACUUUCCUCAAAGUAAACCCUCAGAGGAACAGGACAUACCCUGUCCAAGGUCAUGGGGGUCUCUCGGCCAGCCACAUAGUACUGAGUCCUUGGGUGACUUCGUGCGUCAGAAGGCGCAGGACCGACGGCAGCAGUCCAUGGAGCAGAAGGCCUUGGCUGCACACACCCUGGAGCUGCGGAAGCAGAGGCUGCAGGAGGUGUACCGGAAGCAGCGAGAGGCUGUCAGUGUCAAGGCCAUCCCUGUGGUCUCCCAGAGAAGUCCUGGCAUCGUCACCUUUGUUCCCAUACAUUCUGGGGGCGCGGAAGCCCCUGGGAACCUGGGAUCACCAAUGCGGAAGUGGAGCAAAGUGACAUCUGGCAUGGUGCUUGGGGACCAAGAGGCUCCAGACAGCUUCUGUCUAUGUUUGAACAAACCAUGGAACCGCACUGAGACCCAGAACACUGGAUGUUCCCCGGAAGGCUACAAGCAAGCCCGGCUGCAGGCACUGGAGACCAUGGCUGAGGCCCUUGAGCAGCGUAUUGACAUCCUAUCCACCAAGCUACACAAGCCGACAUUGCCUGACACAGCUGGUGACCUGGCCUCGGACAUGCCGCCCUUGCACCCCAGCACAGCACCCAGCAGCCCCACACUUAUUCUGCCCUCGUACCUCAGAACCGUAAUGUCGAAAGGCGGCAGAGAAACCUCCCAGGACUUGGUGGAUGUGCAGACCAAUCCCCUUCUCCUCAGCACCUACUUGCAGGAUGGUGAGAUGCUGCCAUUGAGGCCCAGCUGGGAACUGCAGAACCCAAACCUGAGGACUCACACUGAGAGCCAGCCCCAAGGUCCUGUUUCUAGCACCCCUGCCUCAGUGUCUCAGAUCGUCCCUCACACUCAGCCUUGCCCUGCUGGCUCAUCAAGUCGUGAGGCUCUUUCCAAAGACGCCAUAGAGGGGCUGGAGAAGAAGUUGCAGAGAGAGAUGGCUAACCUCCAGGCCCUCGGCGCCUGCAUGAGGAGCUCACUUGGGGUGCCAGAUGCCCCAGACUCCACCCGUGGCUCCCUUUGGCAGGAGGAGAUACCAGAAGCCAAAAAGGCAGGCUUGGUAACGCCCUGGACCACCCGGAGCUGCGGUAAGAGUGAGCCUGCAGCUAGGCCCUGGGCUGGCUGGUCGGGCAGCCAUGGGGGCCUGCCAUGGGCUUCUUCCACGGCCUAG